AUGAAAAAAUAAAAGAAAAAGGAAGAAAAAAUUAACAAAAAAGAUUUUUGUGUGGAAAAAAAAUUUUUUUUUACCGUAAACAUGUCCUCGAUGAUACUGAAAUACCGACUUGUGAAGCUUUUUUGGUCAUUUUUGUUGCUGCUCACGGUCUUUGCGUUAUGCCUCCAUGUGAUAUUCCAAGCGAGGCCUUAUUCGAACAACGCAAAUUCGGAUCUUUAUUUCAAGGCGCCCCCAUUGGAGCGACAAAAUGCCGCAAUUGAAGUGGAAAAAUACAACGAACAUGUUAUACGAACGCGAAUAAUGCAGGAAAAAGUCAAUCACAUCCGUCAACUGAACACAAAAGCUUAUGCCACGAAGGUUUAUGAGACAGAUCCUUAUAUCGAGACGUUCCAUUCGAACUUUACAAAUGUCCAAAUUAUCUAUCACGCGCCCGUGAAAUGGUACCGGAAUGAACAUGACCAACAUUUGAGCAACUUUAAUCGAAUUUACAACUACACGUUCGUCUUGUACAAGGACCAGAAGGAGUUUAUUAACGUCGCUUUCUUCCCAAAACGCGGAUUUUACAACGUAAGUCGCGAAAUUUUGACCGCACACUUUCAGGAGAUCCAAAAUUUGGGCGUUAAUGUCAUCGUGUGGAACUGGAAACCCGAAAUUACGCAUGAAAUUGCAACAACCAUCUUCCAAAUUUUGUCAGACUUGAAAAUGGAGUGCAUUAUUCAGAUCGACAACUAUCGCGGACGAAGUGCUCAAACGAUCCGCGACAAUAUCGUCUAUUUUACGAACAAUUUUGAGAAUUAUCCGAGCUGGAACAAGUAUUUUGUGGCUUCCAAGAAGAAAUCGCUCGCCAUUUUUUACCUUAAACACGCCAACGAGCUCCAUUUGACUGAAUUAAAGGAACUUUUCGCGCACAAUAACAAAAAUAGCAUUCGCGGCACGAAACAUGACGCCAUCAUUAUUGGGCAUUUUUCGAUGGAUUUGCCGGAAGAUAAAACUUUUAUUCGCAGAUCAGGCGUUGAUGGAUUUUAUUCGCAUUCUGCCGUCAAUGGCGCUCAUUUUACAAGCACUUGGAAGAAUUGGAAGGCUUGCGAGGAGUUUGCGAAGCGAUAUGAUCUCAUUUUUGUGCCGACAGUUGCUCCGGGGUAUCAGGACAAGAUCAAGGAACGCUCGAAUAAGAUAAAAAAUUUGCGACAUCGAAGCAAUGGCGAGUAUUAUGGCGUCGCAUGGAGAUCAGCGAAGAAAAUUAAUUCGCAGUUUAUAGUUAUUAACAGUUAUAACGAUUUUGUUCAUGGUACUCAAAUCGAGCCAGUUUUAACUCGCAGCGGAUUUGUCGAUUAUGCUCCGUACGACAAUGAUCAUUAUCUUCGUUUGACGAAGUAUCACGUGAAGGAAUUCUACAAGGAUAAAUUGGCCAAGAAACCCAAAACUUGUGAUGAUUUUUUGAAUAAUACGAUUUGUUAAAAAAAAAUGUGUUUGCUCAACCCUCAAGAAAACUUUAUAAACGCUUAGAAAAGGCAAUUAAUGUUAAGAAAUUGAUCAUAAGAUAGAAUUUAUUAUU